CUAGGGCAUGGGUGCAUAAAAGAGGAAAUGGGCAUGAGCCUGUGAGCCAUGCAUUACAACUGCUGGAGCUAAGCGCGAGGGUCCUGUUAUAAGUUUGGUUCGGAGUUUAAAUGCACUGGCGUCUGUUAUGCACGCGAUUCAGUUACUCAAGCCAAGAAGGUCAUGAGCUGGAACCCACUGAAGCGAUCGUCAAAGUCGUCGAAGGGCUCAUCGGGAGCCGAGCUUGACGAGAAAACUAUCGAGGAAUUUGUGUCCAAGUUCGUUCGACUCGAGAGGGACACAAAGAAACUUCACAACGACUCGAAGAAGUACGAGGACACAAUGCUAGCCCUGUACCAUUGCGAGAAAAAAAUGAGCGGCGACCUGGCGAGUGGCGAACUGUGCCACGAGAGUCCCGAACUGCGCCGUCUCGUCGAAGAAUGGCUCGGCUUUGCGUCCUCCAUGGACACGGCCGUCGAUGACCACCUUGUGGCCAUCAGGCGUUGCUUAGUGGAUCCUAUCAAACGUUACCAGGGUGUGUUUGCCGAGGUUCAGGCAACGCUGAAACGGCGUGAGCAGGCAGCCCAGGAGUGCUUGCGCCUGGAGCAGCGUGCAGAACGACUGAGUGGGCGUGAGUCAACAGGUGCCAACCUUGCACGUCUGAGCGAAUGCCGACAGACUCUAGAGGCAGCUAAGGCUGAUCUGGUCACCCAGGGAGCGCUACUGGCACAAGACUUGCCUCGAUGGUAUGCAGCGAGCAGCCUCUAUCUGCAGCCAUGUCUUGAGGCUUUGGUGCAUAGCCAGACACUGCAUUGGGGGCAGGCAGCCACCCGUGCCCAUGACCUCAUGGCUCCUGGGACGCGCAGCCCUGUGGAACAGCAGCUGGCUACUGCUAGGUCUCUCUCAAUUGUUAGCCUGCCCACCUAGGCAUACCCAUACACUAAUCGCUACUCUGUGCUUCAGUGUCUGCACCACACUGUAUUGAGCACCCCAUGAUGCAGAACCGUCCUUGUUGAUGCUGGAGGCCUAAUGAUGUUUUCCUGCACUGUUUUGUGCGCAUAUAGCUCAAGACUGGUUGUUGUCUAUGCACAUAUUUACCGUUUUGUUAUAUAAGCUAUAAAAUUCGAGAAAAGAAUGUACUUGUUUAUUUAUUAAAGGGACUUUUCACCACUCAAAA